CGAGAGUAGCCAUAUCUGAGUACUAUUUAUGCCAAUGCUACUUCAGUCGUACCACGUCUACUACUACCAACGGCCCUAGCACAGUAUCUGCGGCUCCUAAAGAGUCGUGAUGUCUGAGCUCCGCAACAUAUCGCUAGGAGGACUCAACGAGGAUGUUUGUCGCCACGUCCUAAGUGAGCUAUCUGACGACGACUUGUGGUCACUUCUGCAAACAUGCCGCUGGCUUCGAGAGGCAGCUGCUCCUGUUCUGUUUCGAGAAUGCACGCUCAAGGUCUAUGGGCCAUGGAACGUGAUCAAACCUGAAAGGUUUCUGCCCGCAUCAUUCAGGCCUUACAUCCAGACACUGUUUCUCCGUGAUGCAUGUCCGGAUCAGCGAAGGGACGACGAACUAGACAGCCCGCCACUCUAUCACACAGACAACCACAACCUAUGUGGUGCUAUGCCUGGUGCUCCUCUCGGCGAUCGGCUGCGAGAAUUGCCCCGUCUACGGUCGCUCAGGCUCACAAAACAUCAGAAUAGAUACCUCACGCAUGGCCUGCCAUGGAACACCCUACUUGCCAUUUUAUCAGUGCCGCAUCUGCGCGAGUUCAACAUCGAGGACAUGCAAUUCUGCCCUGUCAUGCACUCAGAUGAACAACUCAUCGUCGAUUCACUAGCUCCAAUCACGACGUUCCAUCACCGAAUGUGGUACCCACAGGAGCCAUUUACUUUCUCCUGCCAGACGGCUGCAUUAUCUGCCGUUCUGAGCAAACUGUGCGAGACCCUCGAGACAUUGAACCUUGCUAGUGAGCCCGCCCCUGUUCCAAUCGUAUCCCGAUUCCAUUGGCCUCGUUUGCGCAAACUCGCCUAUUGUGGACCGUUGUGGAGCACAUUGUCCACACCAUUCAUAUCACUUCACUCGGGAAUGCAAGAUCUGCGGUCUCUCUCCCUGGAACUCGAUGUCACGUCAGGAACGAAUACGCAGGUGCUCUGGCCUCCCGGCUACGAUGGCUCUUUCCCGUGGCCAGAGCUCGAACAUCUGCUCAUCUCAUUUCCUGAUCCUCGGGAUGAGGUAUAUGACCACCUUCCGUCGUCCCUGCGCGCUCUAUCAUUGCGCUGCUGGCCUCAUAUUCAUGUCCAGCAAGAGCCAAGUGAUAUUGAUGCCGUGGAUGAUCGCCCCGAUCACAAUGCUCUUCUGGGAUCCACCGCAAUUCGCUCGAUUCUACGUCGGUGUAGUUUGUUGGAUCUGGACCACCUCGAGAUCGAGUAUCGCGCCGACGACGAAGACGACGCACUUCUCCGACAAGUAGCGGCGACGUUCCCACGUCUUACCUCUCUGAAGAUUCACCGCUACCGGUCCGCUUUCGAGAUACAAGAACAGCGAGAUGUACCCAUGGUAAGCCGCCAUCUGCCACCGCCAGGUGAUAAUUCGUCUUUACUCACUUAUGUUCUCCAGGAACAUAUCGCUCAGAUGCUCGCCCCUCUCACUCGUCUCCGUCUUCUCAAGAUAUACCUGGAAUUAGCGUGUACACCGCGGCUCAAGCUUGGUAUGAUGUUUCGAUCGCCAGCAGAGAUAUGGAUGUAUGACACAUCUGACGUCCGCAAAUUCGAAGUCGCCACACAGGCCAUGGCUGGAGUCUUUGCCCGGCAUCUCAGUCCUUCCGUACGUGAGGUCAUACUGUACAGUGUGUCAACGAGUAGUCCCUACUGGCGAGUAUUCGAUGUCAUCGCUGGGUACGCUUGUGUGCGGUAG